CCCACCGCCCCUCCCCCUCUGCAGAAUGUCUGGGGUCCUAUGUUCCAAAGCUAUUUACAUUCAAAUUUUCCCUGCUCCACUUGGACUCAGGAGCAUCUGCUGAGCCAGGUCACUCUCUGGGUCCUGCCCUUGACUUUUCUCAUUGUGGAAACUGCCAGACAGCGGUGGUCAGUGCCUAGCCUGAGGGGAUGGCUUCAAAUGGAGCAUACCCAGUGGUGGGACCGGGCGUGACCGUGAACCCUGGCGCCUCCCUGUCUGUGUUCACAGCUCUGCCCUUCGCCACACCCGCUCCCGGCCCAGCACAUGGGCCACCCCUCGUGACUGCAGUGGUUCCUCCCGGCGGCCCUCUGGUGCUGUCUGCCUUCCCCAGCACACCUCUGGUGGCAGGACAGGAUGGCCGCGGCCCAAGUGGGGCCGGGGCUUCCAACGUCUUUGUCCAGAUGAAGACAGAAGUGGGGCCUGUGAAGCCCCCUCAGGCACAGACCUUGGUCCUAACUCAGGACCCCCUCGUCUGGCAGGUUCCAGGCGCCCUCUGCGGAGGUGUCGUGUGUCCACCUCCCCUACUCCUGGCAGCUGCUCCUGGGGUGCCCAUUACAUCUGCCCAGGUGGUUGGGAGCGCCCAGGCCUGUGAGGGAGGCUGGUCCCAGGGCCUUCCUAUUCCACCACCACCACCGGCUGCCCAGAUGCCCCCCAUCGUGUCCCACGCUGGGCCAUGGCCAGAAGGGGCUCAUGGAGAGGGCAGCCUGCCUCCCUCCCAGGCCAAGGCCCCACCAGAUGACUCCUGUAACCUCAAGAGUGUCUAUGAGAACUUCCGACUCUGGCAGCGCUACAAGCCCCUGGCCCGAAGGCACCUUCCUCAGAGUCCUGACACCGAAGCGCUUUCCUGCUUCCUCAUCCCAGUUCUCCGAUCCCUGGCCCGGCGGAAGCCCACCAUGACGCUGGAGGAGGGACUGUGGCGGGCCGUGCGCGAAUGGCAGCACACGAGCAACUUUGACCGGAUGAUCUUCUACGAGAUGGCGGAAAAGUUCCUGGAGUUCGAGGCUGAGGAGGAGAUGCAGAUGCAGAAAGCGCAGUGGAUGAAGGAGACCCAGAGCCUGCCUCCUCCAGCCCCGCCGAGGCUUGAACCUCAAGGAUCCCCGGCCCCUGAGGUGGCCAAGCAGCCAGGUUACUCCCUGCCCAGGAAGCUCAUGUCUUUUUCCUUCUGUUUCCAGGUGGAGGCCGUCAUUCACUCCCCAUUCCUGGAAGAACUGCUUUCCCCAGAUCCACAGAUGGAUUUAUUGGCCCUAAGCCAGGAGCUGGAGAAGGAGGAAGAACUCACACUUGCCCAGCUAGUGGAGAAGCGCCUCCUAUCCUUGAAGGAGAAACGGCGUGUGAGGGCAGCCCCUAGUCAAGGCACGGCCUGUUUGGACUCAAGUCCUUCUAAGUUUGCAGCUCGCCAAGGAGCAGAGAGAGACGCCCCUGACCCCCAACAAGGGACCGGCAUGGAAACCUGCCCACCCCAGACGGCUGCCCAGAUCCCUCAGGAACAGGCUAGAGUGUGCACCGGCAUGGCCAGGUCCAAAGACCCUGCGGUGCUUUUGGGAUGUCAGGAUUGCCCUGAGCUGAGGGCUGCCCAGCCAACCUCUCCUCUCGAGGACCACAGACCCACCUGCCCCAGCCUGGGAACCAAGGACACCUUGGAUCUCCCUGGAGCCUCUCCUGUUAAGGAGUCACACAGGCUGGCUAAGGGGUCAAGUGAGGAGAGGGAACUCCCUGGCAUGGUGUAUGUCGUGGGUUCCCACCACAGGCUGCGGCCCUGGAGGCUAUCCCAGAGCCCUGUACCUUCCUCAGGCCUUCUCAGCCCAGGAGGGCGGGGACCCCAGGGAGCUCUUCAGUCGCCAUCUGCUCAGAGAAGAGGCCUCAGCCCAGCACCCUCUCCUGUUACCAAGUCCAAGAAGCGACUUCUCUUCGGAAGCCCAUCCCCUGCUGAAAAGAUGCCCGACCCAGGGCCUGGGCUCAGGGUCUCUGGGGAGCAAUCCCUGGCUCCAGGGCUGGGUGGCCCCUCACAGUCUCAAAAGAGAAGGGGUGGCCCCUUGGUCUCCAGGAGGAAGAAAAAGCGGCAUUGUAGCCAGUAG